AUGACUUUUGUAGAAGUUUCAACAGUUGUAGCCUUGACUCUUCCUAAUUUGCAACUUCAAGGCACAAUUUCCCUGUCUUUGGCCAAUUUGUCCUUUCUCAGAGAGCUCAAUCUCGAGAACAACUUAUUCCAUGGGGGCAUCCCUUAUGGCAUUGGAGACUUGCCUCGCUUGCGAGUCAUUGAUAUUCAAAACAAUCAGCUCCGUGGAAGUAUACCAACAAGUUUAUUUCAACACCGGAGAGUUCAAGUAAUUUCAGUAGCUUUCAAUGAACUCGGUGGUGAAAUGUGGAAAGGUCCAUAUUAUGUACCCGAACUUAGAGUGUUAUAUCUCAGGAACAAUAGUCUCGCAGGUAUAACCCCUCCUUCUGUUGGAAAUGCCACAAAAUUGAUGAGCUUUGAUUUGUCUGGGAAUAGAAUCCAUGGUAACAUUCCAAUGGAGAUCGGUAAUCUUAGCCAACUUACAGAGUUAUUCUUGUACGACAAUCAAUUAACAGGUUCCAUUCCUGCAACACUAUUUAAUAUCUCAUCGCUACUUUCUUUAUCUCUGGCAAUCAAUAGCCUUUCCGGUCCUCUCUUUCUGGAUGAAGGGAAUAUUACGUCAAACCUAGAGUUCUUAGGAACUAUUCCUACUAAUUUGGGGAAUCUUGGUGAGCUCCAAGGUCUGCUCCUACAUGAUAAUCAACUUACCAAUGAACCAAGAGAGCAUGAGUUGCGAUUCUUCAAUUCUUUGGCGGACUGUAGGAUGUUGAAAUAUCUACAAGUGGGUAACAAUCUGUUGAAUGGCACUUUUCCCUAUUCAAUUGGGAAUCUUUCAUCUACUAUUGAAAACUUUCAUAUAGCAGAUGCACACAUCAAUGGCCUCAUUCCCACAAGUAUAGGCAACAUGAGCGGUCUAACAUGCCUAGACCUUAGAGAAAACAACUUGGCGGGAAGUAUUCCUCCUGAGAUUGGUAAGCUUAAACAACUCCAAGGGCUGUAUCUAAAUAAAAAUAAAUUACAGGGACAUAUUUCAGAGGUGGUAUGCCAUUUGUUCAAUUUGGUUGAAUUAGUUCUGCAUGAUAGUGAGUUUUCUGGAUUAAUUCCAGAAUGCUUAGGAAAAUUUAGCAUGCUUCAAAAGCUUUAUUUGGGUUCUAAUAAAUUUUCAUCAAAAUUUCCGUUGAGUCUUUGGAAGAUUAGUGGUCUUCUCUAUCUAAGUGCGUCACGAAAUUCUAUAGAGGGAGAAGUUCCAUUAGAUAUUGGAGAACUGAAAGCCAUUGUAGGACUAUAUCUUCACAGUAACCACUUUACAGGCGUGAUACCAAGCAGAUUCGGGGAACUCCAAAACCUGCAGUAUCUUGACGUAUCGAACAAUUCAUUUUUUGGCCAAAUUCCAUUAUCCUUUGCCAACUUGAUAAACUUGGAAUUCUUGAAUUUGUCUUCAAAUGCAUUGUCAGGUACUAUUCCUAAGUCUUUGGAAACGCUCUCAUACCUUAAAAGCAUUAAUGUUUCAUUUAAUGAUUUAGAAGGUGAAAUACCGAGUGGUGGCGUGUUUGCAAAUUCCACUCUGCAAUCCUUUCUCAGGAACAAAGGUCUAUGUGGAAUGCACAUAUUGGAGAUUCCUGCUUGCGCUAUCAAUAAUCCUGGAAAACAAUCAAAGCUUAAGGAGGUUCUGCUAAAAAUUGUUACUCCAGUGGUUAUAUCAUCCAUUCUGAUAUUCUUGUUUGUGUCAGCUUGGAUAAUGAAACGAAAGAAGAAAGGAAAGUCCAAAGAUGUUGAAAAGGUUCCGGAGAUCAAGACGUAUCAAUUGAUUUCUUAUUAUGAGAUUCAACGAGCAACAAAUAAUUUUGAUGGAUCCAAUUUAAUUGGUGAGGGAAGCUCUGGCUCUGUGUACAAAGGCACAUUCUCAAGUGGAACUACGGUGGCCAUAAAGGUUCUGGAUUUGGAAAAUGAGCAAGUAUGCAAGAGGUUUGAUACAGAAUGCGAAGUGAUGAAAAAUGUCAGACAUAGAAAUCUUGUUGCAGUGAUUACUACUUGUUCUAGUGACUAUAUAAGAGCCUUUGUUCUGAAAUAUAUGUCAAACGGUAGUCUUGAGAAUUGGUUGUACAGAGAACCUUGCCACUUGAACCUUCUUCAAAGAGUCACUGUAAUGCUUGAUGCGUCUAUGGCAAUUGAAUAUCUACAUCAUGGUAAUGAUACUGCGAUAGUUCAUUGCGACAUAAAGCAAGUCAAUGUUCUUUUGGAUGAAGAUAUGGUGGCGCAUGUUGGUGAUUUUGGAAUCUCUAAGAUUUUAGCUGUAAGCAAGUGCAUGACACAAACCGAGACAUUGGGCACUCUUGGAUACAUCGCACCAGAAUAUGGCUCAGAAGGAAUAGUGUCCGCUAGUGGUGAUGUUUACAGUUACGACAUCAUGUUGAUGGAGGUUUUGACGAAAAGAAGGCCAACAAAUGAAGAGAUAUGCAAUGAAAAUCUUGACUUGAGGAGAUGGAUAACACAAUCAUUUUCAGGGAGUAUGAUGGACAUUGUGGAUGCCAACCUUUUUUGUGAGGAAGAACAAAUCACUAGGAAAAGUGAAAUCUGCAUAGCCUCCAUGAUAGAAUUGGCUGAAAUGCCCGAAUCAAGAAUAACCAUGAAGGAUGUAGUCAAGAGGCUUAGCAAAAUCAAGAACACAUUUUUGGAAAUGUAG